AUGGCGACAGUAAUACCACCUCCUUCAAAAAAACAGAAAAGAGAAGCGCAGAAAGUAAGGGAAGUGGAUAUAGUACCGGAAGAUGUGCCAAAUGUUUUGAUAAAGUUUCAAGCUUCUGAUACUGGAGAAUCAACUGGAGGAUCAAUACGAGUACCAGGUGGCAUCACAGAAAAGCAAUUAGAAGAAUUAUUAAAUAAAUUACAAGGAGAGACAGAGGAACCUGUGCCGUAUACUUUUUCAUUAUUAGACCAAGAAAAUGGAGAUAAUAAAUUAAUAGACAUAAAAGAUACAAUAUACCAUUCAAUAUUAAAACCAGGAUUGAAAUCAACUGAAGAUUUUUUAACACUUGUAUAUACACCAAGGGCUAUUUUCAAAGUAAAGCCCGUCACAAGAUCAAACGCAGCAAUAGCGGGCCACGGAUCGACCAUUUUAUGUUGUUCAUUUGCACCAAAUGAUUCGGGACGAAUGUGUUCAGGAGCUGGAGAUUCAACUGCAAGAAUAUGGGAUUGUAAUACCUCAACGCCAAUGCAUACAUUGCUGGGACAUACCAAUUGGGUUUUAUGUGUUGCAUAUUCCCCAUGUGGAACUAUGAUAGCAACAGGUUCAAUGGAUAAUACUAUACGGUUAUGGGAUGCCAACACAGGAAAAUCAAUAGGAAAACCUUUGACAGGUCAUUCAAAAUGGGUGAGUAGUCUAAGCUGGGAGCCAUUACAUUUAGUAGAACCGGAUGCUACUCCAAGAUUAGCUUCAAGUUCAAAAGAUGGAUCUGUUAAAAUUUGGGACACGACAUCUAGAACUUGCACAUUAACUAUGAGUGGUCAUACAAACCUGGUGCUGUGUGUGAAAUGGUCUGGAUCAAAUAUUGUAUAUAGUGCUUCACAUGAUAAAACUAUAAAAGCAUGGGACAUAUCAGCAGGUGGAAAAUGUAUACAGACAUUGAAAAGUCAUGCCCACUGGGUGAAUCAUCUUUCAUUGUCAACAGAUUACGUUUUGAGAAAAGGGGGAUUUGAUCAUACUUCGACCAGAGUAUCGAAAUAUACACCUGAAGAACUUCGAAAGAGGGCAAAAGAUCAAUAUGAGAAAGUUGCAAAACUAAAUGGAGUUAUUAGUGAAAGGUUGGUCACUGCAAGUGAUGAUUUUACGAUGUACUUUUGGGAGCCUUUAAGAUCAUCGAAACCCAUUUUAAGGAUGACAGGUCAUCAAAAAUUAGUGAAUCAUGUAGGGUUUUCACCAGAUGGAAGAUAUGUUGUGUCAAGUUCAUUUGAUAAUUCAAUCAAAAUUUGGGAUGGUAUUAGAGGAACAUUCAUUGCGACUUUGAGGGGUCAUGUUGCUCCUGUUUAUCAAACAGCUUGGUCUGCUGAUAAUAGAUUGUUAGUUAGUUGUUCCAAAGAUACCACCUUGAAAGUAUGGGAUAUACGUACUAAAAAAUUAAAUGUGGAUUUACCAGGACAUGCUGAUGAGGUUUAUGCUGUUGAUUGGAGCUUGGAUGGAAAAAGAGUUGCAUCUGGUGGUAAGGAUAAGAUGAUAAGAUUAUGGUCUCAUUAG